CUAGUAUGGAUAUGGGAAGUAUACAUACAUGUUAGCAGAAGAUAAAAUGUAACAGAGUAGGUGGUUUAUUAUUGUAGUUGCACAUUAUUAAAAAAUAUGUACAUACAUUUGUAUUUACACAGUUUACCUUUUGUUUCACAAAAUACCAAGUCAUUAGUUAAUUUUACUGCUUACAUGUGCAGUUAAAAUAUUGUACACAAUAUUGGUGAUCAAAAAAUAUUAUACAUAAGAUAAUGCAACAUUUUCUUUAGAAUAAUUAAAAACAAAGCCAAUUAAAAAAUGGAUAAUAUAUCAGCAGAGACUAACGAUAAUCAGCAAGAAAUUCAAAGAGUUCCUUUGAAAUCCAAAUUAGCGUAUGGAGUGGGACAUGUUUUAAAUGAUGUUUGCGCAUCAAUGUGGUUCACUUAUUUGCUAGUUUAUUUUCAUCUGGUGCUUGGAUUUAGUCCUGCAUAUGCAGGUGUAGUCUUAUUAAUCGGACAGGUGGCAGAUGCUGUUGCGACACCUUUUGUUGGUUUGCAUUCUGAUAAAAAUGAUGAUUUUUGGUUGUGCCGAUAUGGUAGAAGAAAAACUUGGCAUUUAAUGGGAACAAUUUGCGUGGUGGCUACAUUUCCUUUUAUAUUCUCUCACUGCAUUGGUUGCAGUCCAAGAACACAUCAAUGGGCACAGCUAAUAUAUUAUGCAGCCUUUGUAAUAAUAUUUCAAUUUGGUUGGGCUUCAGUCCAAAUAUCUCAUUUGUCUCUCAUUCCUGAUCUGACACCUUCAGAUUUAGAACGUACAGCUCUUACAGCUAUAAGGUACAGUUUUACAGUCUUUUCAAAUGUUCUUGUGUAUUGCGUAACAUGGGCAGUGCUCCACAUCACUAGCGAAAGCCCAACUGAUAAAAUUGGCCCAAAUGAUGCAUACAAAUUUCAGGAGAUUGUUCUGAUUGGAAUGUCCAUAGGUGUCUUAUCGUCAAUUAUCUUCCACAUAUUUGUGAGGGAGAAUAAUUCAAGAGAUGCUUUGACCGGAGUCUCACAAGAACAGUCGCAAAGAGAGCUGCAAACGCCAUUUUCUAUAUUUAAAGAUCCGGAGUUGUAUCAGAUAGCAUGUAUUUACAUGCCUACUCGAUUGUUUGUAAAUUUGACGCAGACCUAUAUACCAUUGUAUUUGCAUGAAACUUUGCAAAUGCCAGCUACCUCUCUGGCCAUUAUACCUCUUAUAAUGUACUUAAGUAGCUUUAAAGCUUCAUUAGCUAUAAAUUACAUUAAUGCGAAAUUAGGUAGAAAGGGCUCAUAUUUAAUUGGAGCAGUAAUGGGACUCAGUGCUUGCACCUGGAUCUUUUUUGGUAAAGGUGAACAAUUUGUUAGCCUUUUUAUAUAUCCAGUAUCAUUACUCUUAGGAUCUGGAGGUUCAAUGAUGAUUGUGACUAGUCUUGCCAUAACAGCAGAUUACAUUGGUCACAGCACAGAAAAUGGAGCAUUUGUUUAUGGAGUAAUGAGUUUCACUGACAAACUUUCUAAUGGACUGGCCGUUAUGAUAAUUCAGUACAUGCGAUGCACGACAGACUGCACGGAUUAUUACAAGCAAAUUUUGUCUUUCGUGUGCGGCGGAGCUGCGGUCUUCGGCCUUAUCAUGACGCUCAGCAGGAAUACGUGCGGGAACAGCGUCGUCCGAGCCACUGCAGACUACAGCAAUUUGGAGUCGGAGGAAACCGAAGAGAAUCCGAUAAACGCUAGUGCAUAAUAACGUCCUAAGAUCUAUUCUUACGAAGUAUUAAUUCAAGAUAUUAAACUUUUUAUUGUUCUCUUAAUGCAUUAACCAAUUGUAUUACCAAUUGGAUCUGAUAUUUUAAAGAAACUUUUAUGAAUAACGCUUUUCAAAAUGUAAUUUUACAAAGUAACGAUCACUUUUAUACGCGAAAGUGUGACUCGUUGAUGUAUAGAGCCCGAUUUUAACACCGUUGUGUGAAUUUUUUUUAAAUUAUAGUUUUUACUAUAGUUCAUUUAAGCGAACAAAAUCUCAGCUAUAAAUUGUAUUAGGUGCUGAUAACGUACAUAUGUGAUACACCUCAUUGAUAUUAUUCUGUUAUGCAGCUAAAAUUUGUGAUAACACAUACCGGGACGGUUUGUAUUGUAAAUAUUCAAAAAAAUACACGAAUCUUUUUUACAUUAAAACAAUAA